AAUAAGCCCUGAAAACCAGAAGCAUCUGUACUGAAAGGUGGACGCACUGGUCCAACUAUAAUAACGAUGGAGAACGAGGCAGAUUUAUUUUAUCGCCAAAUGCCCAAGGUGGAGCUUCAUGCCCAUCUCAACGGCUCUGUCAGCUUCUCAACCAUAGAAAAACUCAUGGCUCGCAAGCCGCAUCUGAAUAUCGAACACAACAUGACCGCCAUCCUCAGUGGUCAGAAAAGAACACUGGACGAGUGUUUUCAGGUCUUUAAAGUCAUUCAUCAGUUAAUCGAUACAGAAGAGGAUAUUUUAAUGGUUGCCAAAGAUGUGAUCAGGGAAUUUGCAGAAGAUGGAGUGAAGUAUCUAGAACUGAGAACCACCCCAAGAGAGGACAAAAACACAGGGAUGACAAAAAGAAGUUAUGUGCAAACUGUUAUUGAGGCCAUACGUCAGUGUAAAAAUGAGGGACUGGACAUUGAAGUCAGGUUACUGGUAUCUGUUGAUCGCAGACAUGGGGUUGAGGUUGCCAUGAAGACAGUUAAACUGGCGGAGGACUUCAUGCGGUCUACGGAUGGCUUUGUGGUUGGCCUGGACCUCAGUGGAGAUCCGACGGUGGGCCACGGUGGAGAUCUCCUUCCUGCCUUGCAGAAAGCUAAGAACUGUGGACUGAAACUGUCUCUACACCUGUCUGAGGUGCCAUCUCAGGUGGACGAAUCGGAGCUGCUGCUAAACAUUCCACCUGACCGGAUUGGCCAUGGGACAUUCUUACACCCUGAAGUGGGCGGGGCGCAGAGCCUGGUUGACAAAGUGAUGAAGAAUAACACACCCCUGGGUAAAAAUGUCCUAAAACUAUGCCUGACAUCUAAUGUCAAAGGUCAGACUGUGUCAUCCUAUUCUAACCACCAUUUACUGUACUGGUACCAGAAAGGACACCCCAUUGUUAUCUUGGUCCACUUGUGUUCUGUUCCAUCCAGACAGAUGACAGGGGAGUGUUCUGCACAGAGCUGUCCAAGGAGUACCAGCUGGCCGCCUCUACCUUCAGCCUCAGUCGAGAGGCCAUGUGGAGUCUGUCCCAGAAGGCUAUUGACUUCACCUUCGCCCCAGACUCCUUAAAGCAGCAGUUACACCAGAAAUGGUUCGAGUUACACCCAUCGCUGUUCCAGUGAAUUAAACUGUAUUAUGCCGAACGUAUCAGCAGGCGCAGAAAUACCCAUUACCUUUCACAAGACUCCUUGGCUUUCCAGGAAAUCCCGUCGGAAGAUUCCAAGGAUGCCAUAGACAUUUGAUUUUCCCUUCAGGAGUCUGGAUCUGGUUAACAACCCAGGGAAGUUUACUGCCAUUUUGGGAUCGGAUCGAUAGAUGACUGAUUCUGGUCCAUCUACAACAUACAUAGUUUCUUUCACAAGUGACUCUGUAUCAAAUGGUUCCCUUUAUUAAAAAUGUUUAAACGAU